AUGGCAAUUGACGGGAGCUUUCAUCUUCAUUUUGAGCUCGAGAGGUUUCUUUCUCGAUGCCCAAGGCUUGCUUCUAUACCCGAAUUUGACUACUUAUUAAAGAAGGCAGACAAGGUGACAGAAGAAGAGGUGGUGAAGGCAGUGGGGGAAAUAUUCCUGCACCCAAAUUAUACUAUCCCGUUGGUGGGAUGUUUCCGUCCUAUAGUGCAUAAGAUCGUGGAAAGGACUGUUUCAUUGCUUCAUUUGGUGCCUGACUUAAGGUCAAAUUCAGAUGAUUCCAUGGUAGAAUUUAACGAGGAUAAUGUCCUUAGAGAAGAUGAAGAUUUGGACAAUACUGAGUUUAUGCAUGUUGUUGAUGUAUAUGCAAGAAGUGGGAAGGGCUUGAAUCUCCACGAGCUUGCUUGUCUAGCUUUUUGUCGGGCAUUAGAUAUGGUCCCUUUUCUACUCCGGCUUGUGUUGGAUUAUUUUCAAUUUGCACCCCCGCCAUUUGAAAGGAUUAAGUUAACAAAAUAUUCUUUCAAGGAACUGGCUAUGGGAGGAAGCCAAUUGCUGAAUGUGGUACGAGCUUCAUAUCGUCUCCUUUUAGCAGCACCAGGAGUUUUCACCACAUUUUGGGACUGGUCCUCUUUCUUGGACAUCGUACAACUGCUUGCAGAUAUUGAACAUGAGGAUGAGGAGUUGAAGAGGAACCUACAGGACCUGAGGUGGUGCAGUGUUCAAAUACUAUCCAUGGUUCUAAAGACAAGGGAUAGAGCAUCUUCAAACUUUGGGCUUCGCUCUGGAGAAGCAUUUUUGUGUUUAUUGCGCUGGCAAGAAUUUUGUCAAGAUAUAGCAUUGGAGAGAGCGGGCUGGUAUCUUGGAAUUUCUGCUGGAAGACAACUGGAUGCAAUGACUGAUAACCUUAGUCCUGAUCUUAAGAAUUUCAGCAAUAGUUUGCCUGUAUUUGCUUCAGAAUUUCAUGACUUUUUACCAGCAAAUUGGAGCAUCAGCAACGUGACAUGGAGAAAUACAAAGCCUUUCGUCUUGACAGAUGCACUGAAGAAAAGUUUUGAGAUGGUAGCUCUAGCUGUGAGUCAGAGAUGGCCUGUUCUUUUAUAUGGCCCUGCUGGUUCUGGAAAAACUGCACUUAUUAACAAGUUGGCCCAGGAACAGGGAAUCCAAGUAUUGUCUAUUCACAUGGAUGAGCAAAUGGAUGGAAAAACAUUGCUUGGAAGUUAUGUUUGUACAGAGCAACCUGGUGAGUUCAGAUGGCAGCCAGGUUCUCUUACACAGGCUGUUUGCAAUGGAUUUUGGGUUGUUGUUGAGGAUGUUGACAAAGCGCCUCCUGAUGUUCAAUCCAUCUUGUUGCCUUUAUUGGAGGGCGCAAGUUCAUUUAUUACUGGCCAUGGGGAGGCAAUAAGGGUGCAUGAGGGUUUUCGACUGUUCGCCACUGUGACUAGCUCAAAGUUGGACAUAUCAUCAAUCACAGAAGGAAAGAACGCAGUUGCUGCUCUUUGGCAUAGAGUGAUGGUUGGAGCCCCAGGAGAAAGUGAUUUGCUAAAUAUUGUGAGUGGAUGGUAUCCUGAAUUGGAUCCGCUGGCUGGAAAACUUGUAGAAACCUUUGCAAAGAUGAACCACCUAGCAGGAUUUCAAUUUGGGACUACUGCCUUUUCUGGUUCUCAUGGCAGGUUUUCGUUGAGAGAUCUUCUGAAAUGGUGCAGGAGAGUUGCAGGGUUGGGUUUAACCUUUCUUGGAGAUGGUCUGUCAUCUUUUGCUUGCAGUAGCAUCUAUAAAGAGGCUGUAGAUAUUUUUGCUGCCUUCGUAACUUCCACUGAAAACCGGUUAGCUUUGAUGAAAGAGAUUGCAAAAUUGUGGACAGUUCCCGUUGUGGAGACUUUGUAUCCUGUCAAUAAACCCGUGAUCCAAGAUCUGCGGAUUGAUUUACGUAUUGGGCGUAUUACCCUUAACCGUAUGCAAAUGGGAUUGGAUCAUGAUAAGAAGCCAUUUGUUGAGAUUCGCAGUUCAGUUCAUGUUCUUGAGAGAAUAGCUUGCUCUGUUAGGUUUAAUGAGCCUGUCCUUUUGGUUGGUGAAACUGGUGCUGGGAAAACCACCCUUGUGCAAAAUCUGGCUGCGAGAAUUGGUCAGAAACUUACAGUUUUGAAUUUGAGCCAGCAAAGUGACGUUGCAGAUUUGUUAGGGGGUUUCAGACCCAUUGAUGCUCAGUCUGUACUGAUUCCUCUAUAUAAAGAGUUCGAGAAUCUUUUUGUUGGUACAUUUCCAUCAAAGGAUAAUGGAGAAUUUUUGGCGCGCUUAAGGAAAUUUAUAGUUGACAAGAACUGGAAGAUGUUAGUAAAUGGUUUCCAGAAAGGGGUUAGAAAAAUUGUUGAAAUAGGAAGAUGUGGGUCGGGUAACAAACGCAAGAGGCCUUUAGGGGAGGAAGUGUUGAGAGGUUGGGAAAACUUUUCUUUGAAACUCGAGAGAGCUUAUGCACAAAUUAGUGGUUCAGGUGGAAUGAUAUUUUCAUUUGUAGAAGGAGCUUUUGUGACUGCACUUAAAAAUGGGGAGUGGAUACUGCUGGAUGAGGUAAAUUUAGCUCCUCCAGAAACUUUGCAGCGAAUUAUUGGUGUUCUUGAAGAAGAGAAAGGGUCAUUGUGUUUGGCUGAAAGAGGUGACAUCGACUAUAUACCUAGGCAUCCCAACUUCCGGAUAUUUGCCUGCAUGAAUCCUGCAACUGAUGCAGGUAAGAGGGAUUUACCAUUCUCAUUGAGGGGCAGAUUUACAGAAUAUUUCGUUGAUGAUGUGUUGGAUGAUGAUGAUCUAGUCUUGUUUAUAAGUCAGUAUAUGGAUGAUGUUCAUUCAAAUAGUGCUUUGGUAAGUAAGAUAGUGCAGUUUUACAAAGCAGCAAGGAAGGAAUCUGAUGAAAGGCUGCAGGAUGGUGCCAACCAGAAGCCACAGUACAGUUUGAGGUCUCUUUACCGUGCUUUAGAAUACACCAGGAAGGCAAGAAGGAAAUUUGGAUUUCAAAAAGCUUUAUAUGAUGGGUUUUGUAUGUUUUUCCUGUCUCUGCUGGAUGAACCUAGUGCCAAGUUGAUGAACCAAUUGAUAUUGUCAUGCCUAUUAGGAGGAAAAGUACCUCAACAUGUUCCUUUUGAUGCUUACUUGAUGGUUAGUGGAAAUUCAUGCUCAGAUCCUUUGUUGGAGAGCUAUGUUCUGACGAAGAGUGUCAAAGAGCAUCUUAGUAACCUUGCCCGUGCCAUAUUUGUUGGAAAAUAUCCUGUCUUGUUGCAAGGACCAACAUCUAGUGGGAAGACCAGCCUAGUUCAGUAUCUAGCUGCAAUAACUGGACAUGAAUUUGUAAGGAUCAACAAUCACGAGCAUACUGAUCUUCAGGAGUACCUAGGAUCUUAUAUCACUGAUUCUAAUGGAAGGCUUGUUUUUCAUGAGGGUGCACUUGUUAAGGCUAUUCGAAAUGGUCAAUGGAUAGUUCUGGAUGAGCUUAACCUGGCUCCCUCUGAUGUAUUGGAAGCACUGAACCGAUUGCUUGAUGACAACAGGGAACUUUAUAUACCUGAGCUACGUGAAGUUGUCCGUGCACAUCCAGGUUUUAUGCUUUUUGCUACUCAAAAUCCACCUAAUAUCUAUGGUGGGCGUAAAAUGCUUUCUCGUGCAUUUCGCAACCGUUUUGUGGAGAUCCAUGUUGAUGAAAUUCCAGAGGAUGAGUUGAGCACAAUACUGGAAAAGAGGUGCAAAAUUCCUGCAAGCUAUGCUAAGAAAAUGGUUGACGUCAUGAAGGAGUUGCAAUUGUACAGGCAAAGUAGUAAGGUUUUUGCUGGCAAACAAGGAUAUAUCACUCCACGUGACUUGUUUAGGUGGGCAAAUCGUUUCAGAGUAUUUGGAAGCAGUUAUGAAGAUCUAGCCCGUGAUGGUUAUUAUCUACUGGCUGAAAGGCUACGCGAUGAGAAGGAGAGGAGAGUUGUUCAAGAAGUUUUGGAAAGACACCUACCUUUUAACCUUGCUGAGAAUGAGAUGUACAAUCUGCGUUGCUACAAAUUGCGUGAACCUGUUCUCCUUGUCGGUGAAACUGGUGGUGGGAAAACAACUGUUUGUCAAUUGCUUAGCGUUCUAUUGCAGUCCAAGUUACACAUUUUGAAUUGCCAUCAAUAUACAGAGACGUCUGAUUUUCUUGGGGGCUUCUAUCCUGUACGUGAGAGGUCAAGAAUUGCGACAGAGUUCAAAGCUCUAUGCCAUGAGUUAAUCUGUUCCAAGGCUUUUGUCAGUUGUUCUGGUGAAGUUGAGAUUUCUUCCGAUAUUAAUCAAGCUUCUCUGACUCUGGAUAAAAUCUCUCUGAUUAUCAAUGGUUACAGAGAAGGUCGAUUUUCCCAUCCUCAUGUCACCCUAGAUGAACUUGAGUACAUAGUGAAGAUUAAUGCAGGCUUAGCUGAGCUGCAUAAUAAGUGGCAGACCAUCUUUAUAUGGCAAGAUGGACCUCUAGUAGAAGCAAUGAAGAAUGGCGAUUUGUUUCUUGUGGAUGAAAUUUCUUUGGCUGAUGAUAGUGUGCUUGAGAGAUUGAACAGUGUUUUAGAACCAGAAAGGAAGCUGUCAUUGGCCGAGAAAGGAGGCUGUAAUUUGGAAACAAUCACUGCUGAUCCAAACUUCUUUGUGCUUGCAACAAUGAAUCCUGGCGGUGACUAUGGUAAGAAGGAAUUAUCACCUGCCCUUCGCAACCGAUUUACUGAAAUAUGGGUUCCUUCUGUCAGUGAGUUAAAUGAGCUUAGAUCCAUCGGUCUUGAGAGAAUUUCAAAUCCACAACUAACUUGGAUCGUGGAUGUCAUGCUUAAUUUUUGGGAAUGGUUUAAUCAUCUUGAAACUGGGAGAAUGCUUACAGUCAGAGAUUUUUUAUCCUGGGUAGCUUUUGUCAACAUGAGAGAGGAAUCUUUACCACAUGCGGAUGCAUUGUUACAUGGGGUAUUCCUUGUUUUGCUUGAUGGAAUAAGUUUAGGUACAAAUUUAUCAAAACUUGAGGCUGUGGACUUGAGGAAGAAAUGCCUUUCUUUUCUUCUGAAACAACUAGAGGAAUUCAACUGCAGCUUGAACCACCCUAAUCUCUCCUCUCUGGAGUAUUAUGGGUGGGCUGAUCCUGGUAAUUCUGCUGAUACACCAGUCCCAGAAAAUGAUAGCAUGCAAUGCGACAAUCGUUUCGGCAUCUACCCGUUCUACAUUGGAAUAGGUAACAAUAAUUGUCAAGUAAGGGGAUUUGAGUUUCUUGCACCAACUACUCGAAGAAAUGCACUGCGCGUGCUCCGUGCUUUGCAGCUUGCUAAGCCAGUUCUGUUAGAAGGCAGUCCGGGUGUUGGUAAGACCAGUUUAGUUGUUGCCAUAGGGAAGUUCUCUGGGCACAAGGUCGUACGAAUAAAUUUGUCUGAACAGACUGACAUUAUGGAUCUACUGGGGUCAGAUUUGCCAGUUGAAAGUGAAGAAGGAAUGCAAUUUGCAUGGUCUGAUGGAAUCUUACUACAGGCUUUGAAAGAGGGAUCGUGGGUCCUGCUGGAUGAGCUAAACCUUGCACCGCAAUCUGGUUUGAAUGCUAUUCUGGACCAUCGGGCUGAGGUCUUCAUCCCUGAGUUAGGUGUGACUUUCAAAUGCCCUGCAUCUUUUAGAGUUUUUGCUUGUCAGAAUCCUUCUUAUCAGGGUGGAGGGAGGAAAGGUCUACCAAAGUCAUUCCUGAACCGAUUUACCAAGGUUUACAUUGAUGAGCUCAUUGAGGAUGACUACAUAUCCAUAUGUACCUCACUGUACCCAUCAAUCCCUCGAUCUAUUCUUUGGAAGCUGGUUUUGUUUAAUAAACAACUUUAUGAAAAUACAAUGUUGUAUCACAAAUUUGCUCAAGAUGGUUCUCCGUGGGAGUUUAAUCUCAGAGAUGUUAUUCGUUCAUGCGAGUUGAUACAAGGUGCACACGAGAAUUUCCAAUCUGAUUGCUUCUUGAAUACAAUUUAUGUGCAAAGAAUGCGCACUCCAACUGAUAGAUUAGAAGUCAUAAAGUUGUAUGAACAGGUUUUUGGGCUUAAACCUUGCAUAAAUCCAUUUCCACGAGUGCAAAUCAAUCCUCAGUAUUUAGUCAUUGGAAACAUCUCUAUCCAAAGGAAUCCUUAUCAUGCUUGUGGAUUUUUUAAUGGUGAACUCAAAAUUUUGCCUGGGUUUCUUAGUAGUUUGGAGGCUAUCACUCAUUGCAUAGGGCAUCAGUGGUUGUGCAUAUUAGUUGGUCCACCUUCGUCUGGCAAGACUUCUUUGAUAAGAUUACUUGCUGAGCUCACGGGCCAUGUGCUUAACGAGUUAAAUCUUUCGUCUGCAACUGAUACAUCUGAACUACUGGGAUGCUUUGAGCAACAUAAUGCCUUACGCAAUUAUCGUACAAUUAUUGCUGUGGUUGAACGAUACAUGAGCGAGUAUUCCAGCCUGCAGUUAGAAUCUUCCACCGGGGAAUUUAUCAGACAAAAAGACCUCUAUAGUGAAUGGCUUGCCUUCUUAUCAAGCAUUGAUUAUGAUCCUACAAGAAGUUCUGCAUCUGCAAAUAUUGAAGCUUGGAGAACUAAAUGCUUUGAUUCUGUUCCUUUGCUCAUUGAGAUUAUAGAGAAUCUUAAGUUUGAAGUUGAGAAAAAAAAAUUACAAUUAUCUUGGUCAUGUAGGGAUCUUGAUAGAACUCUUAUGGCAAUCAAAAAAUUGCAAGAAAGUUCUUUGAGAAGGCAGUACUCUGCAAAGUUUGAGUGGGUAACUGGAGUACUUAUUAAGGCUAUAGAAAAUGGAGAAUGGAUAGUUCUGGAGAAUGCAAAUCUUUGCAACCCAACGGUUCUUGACAGAAUUAACUCCUUGGUUGAGCAGUCAGGAUCUAUCACUGUGAACGAGUGUGGAACUGUGGAUGGGAAUCCAGUGGUUCUCCAUCCUCAUCCUCAAUUUCGAAUGUUCCUGACCGUCAAUCCCAGCUUUGGUGAGGUUUCCCGAGCAAUGCGAAAUCGAGGGGUUGAAAUUUAUCUAAUGAAGCCCUUUUGGUUGCAUGAAGGGAAAUGCAACAGCUAUAUUGAUGAGGCUGAGCUUAGAGAUGCGAAAAGGUUUAUUAUCUUCUCUGGCAUUACAUUUAGUAAGCUGGUAGACAUGAUGGCUAAAGCACACAGUUAUGCUAAGAAUGAAGGUGCAAGGUUUGAUGUCCACAUUACAUACCUGGAACUUGCGCGCUGGGUGCAGUUAUUCAAGCGGCUUAUUACAAGUGGCAAUCAACCUAUUUGGAGUCUCCAAGUUAGUUGGGAGCAUACAUAUCUUUCUUCUUUGGGUGAGGUUGAAGGGAAAGAUGUUGUUACUCAUGCAAUCAGCUCUUAUUUGUCAGAGACGAAUUUGUCUAGGAUUGAUAAAUUUCAAGAUUCAUUAAUCUGUCUGCCUGGUGGAUGGCCAUCACCCAUGAAUACGAGGGAUUUCGUACUUUAUUCCAAGGAGACUUGUGUGAGACGAAAUUGCAUGUAUUUGGAGUUCCUGGGGGUUCAGGCAUCAUAUUCCUUUUGUUUUAGUACAUGUUCAGAAGAACAAGCUGUAAUUGCUAGUGGCUCAGAGAGAAUUUACUUGAUGGAUGUGAGAAGAUUGUAUUAUAUGAUGUUUCCCAAUGCCUCAAUGGAUAUGGUUUUAAAUCAGGUGGUGCAGAAACAAUUCAACUUGGACUUAGCCAGGAAAAUGCUAUUCUUUGCAGCUAAUUGGACAAUAGAGCAGGCCGUGGAAAGUGAUAUUGAGCUAUACCUUUGCUGGUUCAGUUGGUUUGGUUCUCAUGUAGAACCAUUUUGUACAUUUUUUAGUUCUUUUGUUGAUACCCUAAAAGAGGAGCUAAAGCACCCUGUUUGGGACCGGAUAUUCCAUUGCCGUCGGGAGCUCUUGUCUCGUAACUCAGUCAAUUUGGAAGCGUUCCCUAUCCCAAUUCUUUCAGUGGAUUUGGUUGGUUUGUCAGCUUCUAAUGACGAGGUAAAAUCUUAUGCUGGAUUUCUGAUGAAUUCCAUUAAGUGUGUGGGCUUAGUCAGACUUACCUAUGAGCAGUGGAGACUGGAGAGACAGCAUGUCCACAGUCAGAGAACGAAGUAUUUUGAGCCUCUGUUGCUUGCUUUGCAAGUAGUGGAAAAGCAAGUCCUUAAUUUACUUGUUGUCUCACAGUCUUUUGAUGUGCUUUUCCAAUUAUACAAUGGCCUCCUUGAAAAUCACAUGCUGUUCUGGAAUGGCAUCAUAUCUUCUCAUUUUGAGUCCAUUUUAAUUUCUUGGCGAUCUUUGUUGAAGAGUAUUUCAAGAAUGCACGAAUUUUUCCCAAAAGAAGUGGAUAAUUUUCUGAAGGAAAUAAGAAAUGUGGAUCCUGCGUUCUCUGAUUCUUUGAGAUCGCAAAAGUCAUUACUCUGGGUGCAUGGUGGUCAUCCCUAUAUGGCCCCUUCUGAAGAUGUAUAUCAGAAGCAGUGUCAACUUAUAAGCCUCUGUGAAAUGGUAUGGCCAAGAAAGAGACAAUUUUGGGAGCAAACUGGAAGUGAUAUACCUGCUGAAGCUGUUUUAUAUUUCAACUCAGAACUUCGCUUCCUUGCUAUGCAAGGUGUUUCCAUGUCAGCAUAUAUUAUUGGCAAUGCUGAAGAACACUUCCAUAUUGUUCAGCAUUUGGAGGAAACAUAUCAGUUGCUUUUGCGAAGAUUAGAAUUUGAGAAAUGCAAGUUGAACGCGAAUGUAAAGACUUCUGAGGACGCAUCGUGGCAGGAAAAUUUGUCCAUCUGUUGUAGUUUCCCUCCUAAUUUGUUAUGCAGAAGGAGGUCAGGUCUUGAUAGUUGGUUGGAUGAGCUGCCUAUACGCGAUGACACAAGUUUUUACCACGAUAUGGUGCUACUUAGUGAGCUAGCAAGGAUUGUCAUACUUGAUGUCAAGGAACAGCAUCAGGCUUUAUCCAACUUGACUGGCCAUAUGGAACGUGCUUUAAAUUUUUCAUUGAACUUCUCAUCACGGUCUCCGAUGGACCUCAUACCACACCAGAAGAUUUUAUGGACUGUGGAUGCAUGGUUCUCUGUCCCAGCUGUAAAUGCUAAACUUGCUAGUUUUGUACUUGAGAUGUGGUUCAGGUGGCACAGAUUUUUGUGGAUGCACUAUCCUGCUCUGGCUGAUGAUUCUGCUAGACAUUAUGCUAAUGGUAUUUUACUACCUAGUAGGCUUUCCCGGACUCUGAAAAGUGAAACUGUAGAGCGGAUUCUGCGGAAUGUAUUUUCUGUUGGAGAUUAUCCUUUGCACAGCUUGAAACUUAGAGUUGCCUCACGUGAUCUAUGGCAAGGUGGUCCCAGUGCAGUUGACAUAAAAGAUCUCCUUCUAUCUAAUGCCCAGUCUCUCUUUGAGCAGAUUAUAUAUUCUCAUAGAAAGUCAUUCUCAACAGAUAAUUUUACCAAAAUUAAGUACUUCUUCAGUUUGGCUCUGGCAAAGACCAUUACCCUAGAUGAUAUAGAUAAUGUGGUUUCUCUCCUUGCUUCUUCAAAUCACAGCAUAUUCACAUCCUUGCUUGGCGCUUUGAUCCAGCCAGUUCUCAGUGUACUUUAUACUCCCUGUGCCCAUAACUCAGAUUAUGUUCUCGGAUGUGCAUGGUUAAGGAUUGGGGGUUUAAGGUAUCAUCUGUUAACUCUUUGUAAUGAUCCUGAUCCUGCUGUUAAAUAUUCAAUAAAGUACUCACAAUUGAUGGAAAAAAUUGAUUCACUUGAGCUUGAAAUUGGGGUAAGGAGGGAGUGCGUCCUUUUGGCAGGAUCCUUCCAGUUGAGAAAAUGUGAUGAUUAUAGAGAACAGUUGUUGGAAAAUCUUCGUGCUGAUCAGAAAUCGAUGCAAAGACGGAUGAUAUUCCGCUCUGAUCCUGGAAAGUAUAAGAAGUUGAAACAUGAGCUUGAUGAGUUUCGUAAUGAUACAGCUUCUGUUAGUUGGAUAAACAAUAUCUUGAGCAUGCAUGUUGAACAAAUAAUUGACCAAAUUCAGAAUUGGCAGGAAAAGGCUUCAAGUUUUAUUGAGCGAUUGUCAGAUGAGUACUCUGCAUAUGGUGAUGUUAUUGAACCAGUUCAGGUUGCAAUAUAUGAAAUGAAGUUAGGCUUAUCACUUGUUCUUUCAACUGCCUUGGCUAAAAAGAUUCUAGAGAGGAUAGGGCAGCAAGAUAUGGAAUUCGUUUUGUCUACAGUUUAUUCUUUUAUGAGAUUCCCAAGAACGUUUUCUUCAAAAGCUGUUAAGAUUCAGAACUGGCAAAAGAAGCUUACUUCCUGUAAAAUUGAAUUACCUUCUAACAUUGGGGCAUUGGAUUUGAAGCUUCUUGAAAAUCUAAUUACUAUCAGUAGGGAUUUCAAUUCAGAGAGAGUGAUCUCUGUCAUAUAUUUCAGAAUUGCCAUCUAUAAGAAUGUUCUUGUUCGGAUUACACAAUUCAUUUCUGAGGUCCAUCUUUUGGAUAAUGCAUCCUUUAGACUAUUGGAUAAAAUAUUUGGUGAGAUUGCAAGCUGUUGGAUGGAUAUGAAACUUCAACUGAAGGAAAAGGAACAUGAUGAAGCUCAACAAUUCAAGUUCAGACCCCGUGCAAUUAAGGUGGAGAACAUAAUUGAGAUUGAUAUAUCGACUCUACAAAGUUCUGUUGCAAGUGACAGUUUCACAGAGUGGCAGGAAUUGUUUGCUGGAGAAGAAUCAACAGAAAAGAACAGACUUGAUGAGGUUCACGAGAGUUUGGAGGAAGAGUGGAACAUCUUAGAGGAAUCGGUUUUAAAUGACAUAGUUGAUAUCCAUAAUCAACUAUUUGGCUCUGUGGAUCUUUGUAGAAAUCCUGGAAUUGUUAAGGUAGCUGAUGAGCAAAAAUUAUCUGCCUUCAUUGACUCUUACUCACUGGGAUUAAGAAUGAUCAGAAGUUUAGAGGGUAUAAUUUCUUCUAAUUUUGAUUCUAAGCUUAUACCAGAACACAUACUUCGCAUCUGCUUGGAGAAAGAAAACCUGUUUAUCACUCCCCAUAAACCUGGUCGUUCAUACAAUUUUUACAAGGAUUCAAAUCCCUCUAUGAUGGCUAAAAUGGUGGAGCCACUUGCACAGCUUAAGCAGCGCAUACUUGUGCUUUUACACGAGUGGGAUGGUCAUCCUGCUUUUCAGAAGAUUGUGGAUGCUAUUGAUAUGGUUUUGUCUAUACCUCUAAGUACUCCUGUUGCCAAAGUUCUUUCAGGCUUGCAAUUUUUGCUGAACAAGGUGUGGACAUUGCAGGCAACUGUCGCAAAAAUUCCUCUUUCAGAUUAUCUGAAACCAAUAUUUGCUAUGGUCUCUUCAUUGCAGAAGUUGGAAUUUGAAUCUUGGCCUGCCUUGCUUGAUGACGUUCAAGUACAGUUUGAAGUUAAUGCUGGGAGGUUGUGGUUUCCAUUAUAUUCUGUUCUUCAGCGUCAUUAUUCAGCUGUAGAUAAUGAUUAUGAUGGAAAAACCAUACAGAGUUUGGACGAUUUUAUACACAUGUCUAGCAUUGGUGAAUUUAAAAGACGUCUCCAACUAUUGCUUGCCUUUCAUGGCCAACUCCAUAAUGGUCAAUGUCAGGGAUCGUAUUCAAGUCUUUUCCAAGUGAAACUUGUGAAGAUUUUGUACAAUACAUUUGGAUUUUAUGUGCAAUUCUUGCCAAAAAUUUUGGAACAUAUUGGAGCUAACAGAAGAACUAUUGAGACGGAGUUGAAAGAUCACCAGAAAUUGUGUCGGUGGGAGCACACUGAGGACUAUCUUAGCAUAGAAAACUCAAGAAGAGCCCGCCAAAAGUUGAGGAAGAUAGUAGACAAGUACACUGACCUAUUAAAUCAACCUGUUGCACUUUUCCUCAUCCAAGAAGUUGCAAGAAAUGGUGUGAGCCAACCAGUGCAAGGCCCACAGCUCAGCCCAGUCUACUCUUACGACAGUAACAGAAAGCUUCUCGAUGUUAUCUGCAAUCAGACCAAUUUUAGAGAUGAGGACAGCCAAAAGAAAGUUAAGCUGCUUUUACAAGCUUCACAUCUUGUGAGGAAGAUUGAGGUUGAUAUCUCAAAUGUUUCACUGGAGGAUAUCAGAGAGGUAACAAGCUUCAUCAAAAAUAUUUUGCCUUCCCAGCUCCUGCUGGAAAAGGGAAACCAAAUCCUGGAUACAAUCUGGACAGUUUGCAGCUCAGUUAUUCACUGCGGUGAUCUUUGGAAGGAUGAGAACAAACAUUUCGGGAAGAGGAGAGCUUUUUCUGAUCUUCUAAAGCUCUUAGAAAGUUGUGGAUUAUCAAAGCAUAGGUCAACUUUCAUGGAGGAUCAGUUCAAUGACAAAAAAUUCAGAUAUUGGCUGCUUCAGCCAUCCUAUGAUGUGCAGCAUCUACUAAUGCAAGGCGGUGCCUCUUAUGGGGAUGUGAACAUUGCAGCUUCAAGCAACCUUAAGAGUUUGUCUUCUGGAAGUUUAGAGAGCGAAUGGAAAACAGCUAACAAAUUCUACUUCAGUGGCCUUGCAUCAAUGCAUGUUGUGGAGCAAAUUUGCCUGAAUUUCCAUAAAGAUUUUACUCUGGAGCAGGUUAAAAGGUCCUGUUCUUUCCUUGAUCACCUCAUUGCAAUUCAACAAGAUCAACGUGCUGCUGCCUAUCAUUUUUCGGAGGAACUUAAAGAUCUGAGAGAAUGUCUUUGGCCUUUAGCAAAUUUGUUCCCAGACUCUUUUCUGGGACCAGCCAGUUGUGAAUGGUCCUUUCCUGAGAACCAAAAUGUCAUAUUUAAUUGCAUGUGGCAGCAGAAGCAACUUCUUGACAAUUUGUCUACCAUGAUAUCUGAAGUGCAAUUGUUGGUACAAAAGGUAGAGCAUAAUCACUUAAACUCCUGUUCCAACGUCAAAGAUACAGCUAAGCAGAUUUUUUGCAUCAUUGAGAAAUUUGUCCCGGAGCUUCAGAGCUCUAAGGGUCUGCUGGAUCUUCAUCUUCUUGGCGAUAACAGAGCUAAAGCCACUUGUGAAGCUUUACUGCUUCCAUAUGGUGUUACAAAACAAAUGGAACAAUUGGUAAAUGACAACUUCAAGUGGAUAAGAACAUUUAAGGACAACCUCAGUGCUUUUAGCAGGGAAGACAGGGAGGGAGCAACAGUUAAAGCAAUAUUACUUGGACACUUCGAAGAGGUUUUUGAGAAGGCUAGUUUCAUGGCCGAACAGUAUAGUUCUGAUUUGAAAGCAAGAAAGCAAUCAGAAAAUGUUUCUGAAGAUGCCAACCUUCAUAUAGAAAACACUAUUGGAGUGGGCUUCCUGGAUCCAUUUAAGGAAAUAUAUAGAAGUAUAUCAGAUGCAUUCCAUGUGAUGCUCUCACAGAAGAAUGGACCUGUUUUUGGUGAAGAGUCACCAAGCAAUAUUAGUGAAUGGAAAAGCUUUUUCGAAGCAGAUACUCAACGCUUGAAGUUGGACUUUAUCUGUGACAAAUUGGUGCAGAUAACUAAUAAUGCUGGAGAGCAGCUGAACCAUUGCAGUAAGACAAAUACAUGCUCUCUUUUUCAAGCACAUUUGAGGAUUCUAUACUCAUUGUUAAACGUGAUCUUGGCCUUUGGUGAUGGUCUUCUGCAUGAUUUUCUCAAUAUGCAUAGGAUGGUCUCAGUCAUGACUUAUGUGCUUGCAGAGAUUUUUGCUUUGUUAUUUGCAAAAGGAUUUGGCAUUCCAGAAGACCAAGUUAAGGAAUCUGAAUGUGAAACAAGACAAGAUGCUAGUGGAACCGGUAUGGGUGAGGGUGCAGGACUAAAUGAUGUCAGUGAUCAGAUAAAUAAUGAAGAUCAACUUCUUGGGACUUCUGAAAAGAAUUGUGAGGGGCAGGAUGGUUUAAGUGAUCCUCCAAGUAGAAGUGAUAAAGGAAUAGAGAUGGAACAUGAUUUUGGUACUGAUGUCCUUAGUGUUAAUGAGGAACCUAUGGAUGAUUAUGGUGGCAGUGGAGACGAGCAAUUGGAAUCUGCAAUGGGGGAAACUGGUGCUGAUAGUGAAAUUGCUAAAGAGAAACCCUGGGAGAAGAGUGAUGAUGAAAAUCCCAUGGGCAUGGAAGAGAAGUAUGAGUCUGGGCCACCAGUGGAAGACUAUGAAACUAAUGAUAGGGAGCUUCGAGCUAAGCAAGAUCCAGUUUCUGUUGAUGAAGCUGGGGAGAACAAUCCUGAAGAAUUUGACAAAAAAGAUGUGGAAAAUGGAGAAGAAGCUGCUCCUGACGGCAAGGAAGAUGCGAUGAUGGACAAAGACAAUGCAUACUCAGAUCCUAGUGGGUUGAAGAUUGAUGAGCCAAACCAAGAUUUUGAUGAAGAUGAAGCAAACGGAACUGAACUCAUGGAAGAUCAUGUAAUGGAAGAACUACAAGAUCCAGCUGACAGUGAGAACGAGGAGGAAAAGGAUGUUGAAAUGGAUGGAACUUUGGAUGAGAAAGGUUCUAACAAUUUGACAGACAGCCAAGAAAGUGAUCAUGAAAAUGAUACAAUGGGCUCUGGGGAGCCAAAGGAACCUCUGCAAAUGGGAACUUCUGAGCAAAUGAAUGAUGAUAUUUCAACUUUGCAAUCUGCAAAUAAACCAAAUGCAGAAUCUAGUGCUGUAGGUUUGGGUGAUGUUGUACCAGAAGCAAAAUGGUCAGAUGCCAGUGAUGUUCAAGAUGAUCUUGCUCCUAUCAGAGGCUUACCUGAUUCCUCUGCCAUUGAACUUCCUGUUACUGACACAUCAAAUGGUAGCAAACUAGGCAAUAGUCGUUUUGAUGCGCCUAUGCCACUAAGGGAAGACUCAAUUCAGAAAACAAAACCAAAUCCUUUGCGUAGUGUUGGAGAUGCACUUGAUGGAUGGAAAGAACGAGUUAAAGUGUCUAUGGAUCUUGAGGAAAAUGUCAAUGACACUGGUGAUUUCAAUGAGGAAAAUGCAAAUGAAUAUGGAUACACUGCUGAAUUUGAGAAGGGAACAGCCCAAACACUUGGACCAGCAACAAAUGACCAGAUUGACAAAAAUAUGAGUGGAAAGGAUCUGGAAAAAGAUACUGAAACUAAAGGAGUAGACCAUGGCAUUGAUAUGGAGUUUGAAAAUCAGCCAUCUGACAGACAACAUAUGCUGAGUUCGGCUUUGAAUCAUGGAAAUGAUUUGGAAAGACAAUCAGAAAGCUUGGACUUAGGGAAGCAUUCAGAGGAAUCUUCAGGACUUCAUGGGAAUCAUGAUGAGGACACGAGGUUAUCACAGAGUUUGGUGUCUAUCAAUAGGUCUUACUUGACUGAGGACAUAAAUCAACUCAGCAAGCUUUCUGUGAGUGAUGACGAGCUUGGUAAGGCCAAUUUUCUUGAAGAAAUUUCCAGUGAUGUGAGACAUAAUGCUGCUACAGUGUGGAGAAGAUAUGAACUACUCACUACAAGAUUGUCACAAGAGUUGGCUGAACAGCUCCGGCUUGUCAUGGAACCCACUUUAGCUAGCAAGCUCCAGGGUGAUUACAAGACUGGCAAAAGGAUUAACAUGAAGAAGGUGAUUCCUUAUAUUGCAAGUCAUUACCGUAAAGACAAAAUAUGGCUAAGGAGGACACGGCCAAAUAAACGCAAUUACCAGGUGGUCAUUGCUGUGGAUGAUUCCCGUAGUAUGCAGGAAAGUCGUUGCGGAGAUGUAGCUAUUGAAGCUUUGGUCACAGUUUGUCGUGCAAUGUCUCAAUUGGAAGUUGGUAACUUAGCUGUUGCAAGCUUUGGGAAGAAGGGCAACAUAAGAUUGCUCCAUGAUUUUGAUCAGCCAUUUACUGGAGAAGCUGGUAUAAAGAUGAUCUCAAGCUUGACAUUUAGUCAAGAGAAUACAAUAGCUGAUGAACCAGUAGUUGAUCUAUUGAAAUAUUUGAACAAUAUGCUGGAUGCUGCAGUAGCAAAUGCACGACUACCUUCAGGACAUAAUCCCCUGCAGCAACUUGUUUUGAUAAUUGCAGAUGGCAGGUUCCAUGAGAAGGAAAACCUUAAACGUUGUGUGAGAGAUAUCUUGAGUAGAAAACGUUUGGUGGCAUUUUUGUUACUGGAUAGCCCUGAAGAGUCAAUCAUGGACCUGAUGGAAGCAACAUUUCAAGGUGGAAAUGUCAAGUUCUCCAAGUAUUUAGAUUCCUUUCCUUUCCCGUAUUAUGUGGUUCUGAAGAACAUUGAGGCACUACCUAGAACACUUGCUGAUCUAUUGAGACAAUGGUUUGAGCUUAUGCAAUAUUCUAGGGACUAAAUAUAUGGGACUGCCAAUGUCGUGAUAGUAACUGGUGCUGAUCGGUGAUAGAUCAUACAAACGUCAUCUACCCAGCACCCCUCUUCCUCUUACCUGGUUCGGGAGAGACAUCUUGCUGGCUCGAUGCAGUCGACGAACGAUUAAGAACUAAUGAUAGUGAAUGGGCUUUGUUCCGCAUGAUGCUGUCCACUGGCGGAAAUGCAGUGGCUCGCAGAGGUGAAGACGAAGCUAAGGGUGCCUCCUUGUGUAUGUGGUUCGGUCAGUCUGGUGGUUAGCAUGAACCACCCCGCGCAGUCUGGGCUUCGUGAGGCUCAUUCAGAAUACUUGGGACUUCUGCAAACGGGAGAGGGAAAGAGGAUGUACCACACUUUCCUGGAUGGACUCCUGACGUAUACGGUCAUCGAGAAAUUCCGACCUCUAUCUCUGAGGAGUCCUCCUAAAAUUAACAUUUUAGGUUUCACAUUGAGUCAGUCGUCGUUUAAGAGUUGCUAUAUGCACAUCGAAGGCAAUUAAGAAGUUCGGUGUUGCCGUCUCCUUGGAAAAAAAAAGGCUGAAUGGUUUUGUUUGUAACCCCGACCAAAUUUCUGGCAGGGUAGAAUCAAGCUUCUUCCGAUGGAUAUGCAAAAUAACAUGCUUUUGAGUUAAGUUAUUACUCGUCAGAUGAUGUGAAGGAUUUGUGUUAUCAAUUGGUUAUUAUAGAGUUGUACGAAUUGUAAUUGGAAUGGAGUUCUAAACUGAAAUUUUGUAGAUGUGAUUUCAAUUUUCUGUGAUCCAGAUUAGUUCAUAAGAUUAACGGAUAAGGAUCACGUAAAUUUGAAAU